AAACUCAAAAGGGGACACACACAGAACACACUAAGAAGAGGACAGCAGGCUGGACACACACACACACACAGGAGAGCAGAGACAAGGAAGAAGAACACGCUUGAUACACACCAACUGAAUUCAGUGUUCAGCCAUGCGUCCUCGCUCCUCUCUGCUGGCCAAGAGAAGCCUGCUGCUGCCCACCAUCUCUGAGGGCUACGAGGAGCUGACAAGGAGCCAGGCUAACCUCUCCUCUGAGGACUACCUGCAGUCCAUCUGCCAGCUGGCCUGCCCCCCCUUCCCCCCUCAGGGCUCCGCCUCCCCCUCUGAUGUCAUCAACGCGCGCCAGAAGGACUCUCUAAACCAGAGGUUGUCACGGCUCAACGCUCAUGACCGGCGUCAAGCGACCUUUGACCCUGACCAGAGAGAGCAAGCUCAUGGGAGAGAUAUCGGUGAUGUCAUCAGUGCUCGCCAGGGCGGGAAGAGGGAUGGAAACGAAGAGGCUGUGUUUGGUUGCCAUGGUACAGUGGAUCCCUUGGAGUAUCUCUAUGGAUACCAGGAAAACCCUGCCCCUUUCACCUGUCAGUCAGGGAGCCUGAGGCAGCGAUUGGCUGAAGCAAGGGGUGGGAGGAGGGAUGGGGAGUGGCCAGUAGGACAGACACGCCCCCAUGCGUACAGUUUCUCCCGCUCCUGCCCCAUCUCACACCACAAGAGCAGCUGCCCCGUCCCCACCCUCCACCCUCCACCUGCUCUGUGCACCUCCUCCCUGCCCCACACAGCCCCCCAGCCAGCCCCCACCCCUGGAGAGAGCCACCACACCCAGCCCGCCAGCCCAGAGGAAGAGGGGAGGAGGCAGGGAGGAGGGGGGAGGCAGAAGGUGAAGCAGUCCCUAAUGUCUCAGUGGAUGUCAGACUGGCGUGGCUGGGUGUGGAGAGAGGGGGGCGAGCGAGCCUCCGCGCAGCCCGUUAUCGAUGACAUGUGAGCUUCAGGGGGUGUCACAACACAGACACACACACACAGAACUCAGAUCAACACUCUUUCUGGCAAGAGGAAAUGGGUUACAUCAUCGGAAGGACUCAGAAGGUUUCAGAAGGUUCCUGAAGGUUCCAGAAGGUUUCAGAAGGUUCCAGAAGGUUCCUUUCCAUGGUUGGAAUGCCUGGCCGCUGAGACUGUGACCGGGUGCGGCAUCAUGCUGCCAGAGACGCUCAAGAGACAAGCUGCUACAGGCCACCUCAGUGACAGUGGGACUAGAUUGUUCAGCUGUAAAUAAUUCUGAUCAUGUUUUGUUACAUAAAUAAGUUAACUUCUGAAUCAGAAAAAAUUACAAAUGAAACACACACACACACACACAAUCGAAUGCAAAUGCACAAACACGUGCACACAAAAGCAUGCUCUCCCCUAUACACACACACACACACAAACAAACAUAAAUUCACACACAGUGCCACAAACCACAUCUGAGACAUACCUCUUGACCUAAUCUAGGGAAAGCACUAGAAAUGCUCACACAUUCCACUGCAUGUAAUGCUGGUGGAAGCUGAUAAACAUUUGUGAUAUCUGACAAACACGGUCUUUUUAUACAUUUGCCUAUCUGGAAACUUGGAUUGAAUAAACACAAU